UGUGAUAAUUAUGCAAACAAUUCAAUUCAAUCCUCGUACGCGAAUUUGCUCUCAGUUACACAGACGCUCUACUUUCAAGUUAGGUGUAACAAUGCUUUGUGCUUUGCCUUGCAACACAUAUCAUGCUUCGCAGCGACCGCACCGCCACGCCUUGUUUGUGUUGCUCAGCAUUUUAAUUUAAUUGAAGUUUAUUUCGAAUCUCAUUUUGCUUGUUUUCUACGUUCACGUUUUUUAAUUAACACAGUAACACAUUUGAAUUUUCUCCGCAUUAUAUCUUUUAAUCCUAUUAACCUUGCAGAUUUCAAAUAGACCUUCACGUAUCAUUUAUCUGCCCCUUGAGCUAUACUAUUAUAUCGCACAACUAAGUAUUUAGAUUUUUACACAAUUAGUUCAGUUCGUUUUAUGAGAGCGCUUGUGAAAGGUUCUCCGGUUAGUCUAAAAUUACGAUUUACUUGUAAAAGCAUUUCGUCGAUAUACAUCUUGUUGUUCUGAGAAAUUUGUCGAUGUUCUUUCGUUUGAAUCUGAAAAUAAGUCCUUAGACCGCUGAACAUAUUACAUAGGGGUCUGGAGCACAGGCUGACCUGGUUUGUGGAGGAAUGGGCACAAAAUCUUCGAAUCUUUACAUAAGCUGGGCGUGCGCAUAAGCAACUCGGGGUAUUGUAGAAUCGGGUCUUUUAUGUAUGACGUCAAAAGAGAGACGUCCAGUUUAGAAACGUCUGGAGAAUUUUUCUGUAGUGCAGAAGAGUCUUUGUGCACGGUCACAGAAGAAUGGGGUUUAUUGUGAGAGAAAUUAGUAUGUGCUUGACGCAUGGCAGUGUUGCAUACAAAUGAAUACAAAUUGUCCACAAUGGUUUGACUGGCAUGACUGAUGGCAUGGGUGAAUGUUAAUGUUUCGACGUCAGUAGUUGGGCGUACAAUACCUAAUUCAACGUUAAAUGGCAACUUAGCUAAUUGAACUUCGCUGUGAACAAGAACGUUUGUAGUAAAAACGUGCAUAGGCGCUGAUAUGACGUCAUUAGCCAAUUUAUGCCCAAUGUGGGGAACACGAGCUGCAACCAAACUCAGAGGGAUGGGACGGCUAAUUGGACCUCUUAGGGUUCGCAAGCCUGGGGAAAAUUGCUGACUUGCUAGGCAUUGGGAUCCUGAGGAAAAGAGAGAACACAUAAAUGAAAUAGCUAAGAUUAAGCUGACUGUCAAAAAAUGUAACCCCUUACGGAGCGAAACCUGUUGGGUACCCCCGGAAGAUUUAGGUAGUGAUGUUGCUAAGCAUGUGAUAUUUGCGCUGGAAGCAGGGGGUAUACUAUCUUGACAUUGCAUACUAGGAAAUACCGAUAACGGAUUGAAAUAGUAACAUGAAAUUUCGAAAUUAAUGGCAGAAUCAGCAAAGUACACCUUGAGAUCUUUGCUAUAAAUUCGAGCAUCUGUCUUGCGUAAAUGAUUCUGCCCGAACAAAAUAGGCCAUAUCAAUUAGGAACGACAAGCAUUGUAAAUGUAACUGAUCGACCAUUUUCCCAUACAAUAGGGACUUCCAUGAUACCUACAGCAUGUAGAUUGGAGGUAGGCCCAGCUACCGAAACGGGGACGUGCUGCUCAAGUCUAGUGAAGUUGAAAUUGGGGUGCUGACGGGCUACGUGCGCAGCAUGUUUUUGACUUACUAGGGACACCGAGCAGCAACUAUCUAAAGGCAAUGGAAGGGAAAGCCCCGCGGAAGUAACCUUAGUCCACAAGAUGUUUUUAUCCGCAAGACGAAGGGCCGAAAAUGUAAGAUUACUUGUAAGGGCGGAUACGGCAGACAUUCCUAUUACACUGCUGUAAUAUUUAAACAAACCACCUGUUUAGCAGUUGUCAAGGAAGUAUUGAAUCAGUUUCAAUGAAUUUAAGAGUGGUAUUCAGUAGCCUGGAUUACCUUGUUAAGGUUCCUGGAUGCAACAACAAAACAUCACUUAUCUGAUACAGCUGGUAACUUCAACAACUAGAAGCAGAAGCAAAGACACAAACAAUCAUUAAGGAAAGUUUCAAUUCAUCUAUUAUCCAAAAUGGGAGUUUUUAUUCUCUUGACGUUGCUUCUUUCAAUGUUUUACUUUGCUUCAAUCAAAUCAGACGAGAGUCAAAGUACAAGCAAAUCCGUUUUCGAAGAAAUACACAACCCAACACAAAUAAAAACAAGCAUGUUUCAUAAGACCUUUCAUCAAUGCAGCAUGGAAAAGACAUGUUAUUACGUUGCUAAGGAUGUUAAGAACCACUAUUUUUAUAAAUUUAAAGAUGAGCAAGAUAUCCCGGCCGAAAGAUCCAACCUCAUUAUUUGGUCAAAGAAACGAGCGGAGAAUUUGGCAUAUAAAAAGCCGUCCUCGCAUUCAUCAACUCACACCGCAAAUGGAAUUACAUUUGUUGCCAGCUUUGGAAAUGACGGUGACAGAACUGGGGAAUGGCAGAGGUGCAGUUUCACACAAUAUGACAUAGUACCCUGGUGGCAAGUGGACCUUACAAGGCAAGCUGCUAUCACAAGUGUCCGAAUAAGAAGUGGCACAACUUGGGGUCAAUUGAAAAUCAAUCCAUUCGAUGUCAGUGUUGGGGAUGAUAGUUCAAAUGGCGGACGAAACAAUGCGCUUUGCGUAAAAAAUGGAAAUUUGGCAAGUGGUGAAUUGAAAAAGUUCGAUUGUCCACAGGUCCUGAUGGGUCGUUACGUUAGUGUUUAUUUGAAUAGGUUUGAAUAUCUUCAAGUAUGUGAGCUUGAGGUUUACGAACUUCAAACGGAGUGGUUAGCGUAAAAUAUUGCGAUUUGCAGCUUUCAGGUUCCUUAAUUAUUGCACCUUAUCAAUAAAUAGAAGAAGAAGCAAGAUUGUAUUGAGUUUUUUCUCUUCGAAAAAAUUUCAUUUGCUUCUAGCAAAUAAAAACAUACUAGCCUAGAAGUGUGGCCUAGGAUCAAAUUGCAUAUUACAUGGAUUGCAUACUAGUUGCAAAAACAUAUUCCACUCAGCUAUAUACUUACAUAUAUAUGGAAGCAAACCUAGGUCAUUGUUGUAAAAACUGCGCCAGUCACAAAUUUGCGGAAAAACUGGGCCUGGCCUAAUUUUUAUCAAUUUUUGGGUCUGGCAUUUUGACGCAGUUGAUUUUGUUCAUCAAAGAGUAUGUUCUCGUCAGUCAAUCAUUGCUUCGAUUUUCUCGCUGUAAUUUUAUUUGCCCCGAGUAUCUGAGAGUACUACCUUCUUUGAUUUUAUUUGAAAGUCAAGUUUUCAGCAAUGAGAUGCCCUCAUUUUUUCAAAUAGUUCAGCACGUUUUAAUAGAACCUUAGUUUGUAUAAGCAGAUUUUACGGGCAAGACCGCCGAGAGGUUUCGGAUGCCUUGGGGCAAAGCCAAAAAAAGCCCCCUGCGAGCGGAAGGAACAUAAAUUUUUGAGACCACGCCCUUUAGAUCAUCUUAAAGUGCAUUUCAAAAUAUUUCUUCCAAUCGUUUCUUGCAAUCGUUUAGAAAGCUUUACUAUUUUUAGGCCUACGUUUGCUACAUUUUAUUAAUUGCAUUCUUAAAAUGGAGUAGAUCACUUUAUGAGGACUCCUAGACCUCGAAGCCCUGGGGCACUUUGCCCCCUUGCCCCUCCUCUCUGCGGCCCUGCUCACUGGGGCUUCUGUUCCUCCAGGAUCAUCGUGCAGUGUUUUUCAGCAAACAUUAACCCUUCCACAAACGUUAGGUGGGAGUUAGAUGGCCCUGGAUAUUCCGACACUUGUCUGCUAGGUUCUAGCACCCCGGCUUCCGACAGGGAGUCAUUUGAAAUUUUCGGGACACAUUUGCCCACCCCGACUCCCAUAUUCCUGUCUGUACCUAUUUUGAAUUGCUGACGGCUUUUGUGUGAUACGUUUUCGGUCUUAUCCUAUCUCUUCGCCACUGUUUGCAAAAGCUAGCAAAACUUUGAAAACAAAAUCCGACAAACUUUACUUUUCGAAAAUUUGCUGACAAUAAUUCUCUAGGGGAGCCGCCCUCCUUCCCCCCCCCUCUCGCACCCCUUCUCCCCGCUAGUGACGGCCCUGUAUACACUGUCUUUUGCUUAAAAUGAAUUGUCACGUAUAAAAAUCUUGCAACUUGUAAUAAUAUAUGAUUGUUAUAUUUCAUUACACAGCUUGAUGUAACAUGAGCACAAGUAUAUGUAACUGUAUUAUGAUGAAACUACACUGGUUAGCUAUAGCAGCUAUCUCGUUUUCGUGUGGUUAUUCUACCUAAGCAGUUCUGCAAGGCUGAGAUCGUGUAGUUUCAAAGUAAACAGUCCUGUUCUUAUGGGAAAAGCCAAACAAUUUUGAAAAACAUGGUCUAUUAGCGUGAACUUCAAGGCCAAUGACCUUUCUUUGUUACGAAGUAUACUAUUACCCUAUUACCUAGUAGGAAAAUCAGGCGCAGAUCUAGCCAAAAUUUUGACUGGUUUAGGGUUGCUUUACCCCGUCAUGGCCCUGUGUGUUAUUGGUCUAUAAAUUCUGCGAAAAGAUUCUAAUAAGAUUAGUAAAAUGUUAAUAAUUUGCCCACACUUUAAAAAAGAUGUCACAAUUUAGCUCCGCUCAGCAUGGCUUUGAUCGAAGGACAAAUCACUCUUGUAACUGGUGUACGAGAUUAAUAAUCACUAGUGAUUGACUUGUGAUUAAAUCAAUUUUGUGUGUGAUUAUUUUGAUUUUCAGUGAUAAAAGUGAUUAAUUUUUUUAUCAAUUUUUGAUUUUAUAGAAACUGAAUCAUAGAUUCAAAAGUGCUUUCAAAUAAUUUCAUGCUUAAUAAACGUUGUCAACAAUCUUGCAACAUACUAUAUAAAAUUUAAAAAUUAGCAGUUCAGCACAGGGAUGGAUCCAGAAAAAAAUUUGACCGUUGCAGAUUUGCAAACGAAAAAGGUGCAAAAGUUUAAUAACAUUUACAACUAAAAACAGAGCUAGCUAUUUUUCUGAGCAGCAGCAUAAGCAAGAUAUUAAAUCAAUAUUAUAAGCUUUCUAGAUCAUGGGUGCAGGGUGACAGUAGCCUGAAGUGAAGAACGGUGAAAAGAUGUUGAUCACUAUGAACGAGACAUUAAGAAAAAUGCAUGUGCUCUUUUCUGUGGGCCAUCAACUUUCAUCAUAAAAAUUUGAAUAUGCAUCAAAAAAGCUAUCUUUCCUGAACAAUAGCACUAGCAACAUGCCUGCCAACAGCCCGGAAUGAAAAAACAGUGAACAGUUAUUAAACACCUUGUGAAAGACAUUAAGACAAAUGCAUGUGCCCUGUUCUCUGCCCUUGCAAGUGAUGUCACUAUUGGGAAAUUAUACUGUCAUUCCAGACAAAUUUACCAGAAUGAAAAAUUACAAGUUCCAGAAAUAUUGAACUUGAUUAUCAAACUUUAUCUGUGGAAAUUACAAGAAUCUGACAUAAAUCAUUUCCCAUGAAUGUAACAGUUGCAACUGCGAAAUCCGGAACUGUCUGGAUCCGCCCCUGUAGCAAUGGGUAAAAAAUGACUGCUAUCAGGCCUGGUUUUCGGUCAGAUCAACUUCAGUGGCAUUUUGGCAACAAAAACAGCAAUGGUUGUUACAGUGACCCCGGCAUCAUAAGGAGGCCUUAAUUUUUGCUCCAUUGCAGGGUUACUUAUAAAAGACUGUUGUUCUCGAGCGUGUG